UCGCUUUGGCAUUUAGUUCGAAAACAGACACUGAGGAAGCCUGCAAGUCGUAGGCGAAAUACGUAAAGUGCAAUGUUUGGUAUGCAAAAAAACCGAAUCGAAUCGUCUUGCGCGUUAUCGAGAAACAAUAUUUGAAAUGAGGCAAAAAACAUGGUGUAAAAGGAUUCACAGGGCAAUAUUUUUCGACAAAAAAGUCGACCUGCGUUAUAAUAUAAUUUUUGAGUUCGGUAUUAAGUUCCAUAAGUUGCACGCAAAUAAACCGAAUGGGCGAUAUUAUUAUCGUAUUAACGUACAAAUAAUAAGGUCUACCUUGCUAAAUAUGCAACUAUGUAUUGAAGCUGCCUAGAAAACGACGAAAAACCAUGAAGGACGCCAGCAGAAAUGACCACCAAAUCACGGUUGGGAAAAGUGGUCAUUGCAGGGAAUGAGCCGGUCAUUUAUAUAUUAUAGUGUCAUUGUACCUUAACUGCACUUUAUUCAGCUUUCCUGCUAAUCUUAUUAUAGUGCAUUCAAUACAGAUAGUCAAGUUUUCAGUACAUUAAAUACCAAGGUUCUUCUCCUGCGGUCAACUUGAUCAAAAUUGAUAUUUUCAAACAUGAGCAUGAGUAAAUCAUAACUUUGUUUUCACCCGGAAUCCCUGCAGCUUUGUUUUAAAUAUAGUUAUAAUCCGAUCAUCACUUAUUUAUCGUCAUCGACCAGUUAUUAAUAAUAAUGCAAAGGCUAAAUUAUUAUUACAGGUUGGAUUAGAACGCCACCUCACUAGUUUAGUCGGUGUUGUGAUAUUUUGUUACGUCUUGUGUAGUUCGUAAAGCAUAAAUUUAAUAUACAUCUGUCGUUCAACAAAAAUAAAUUAACUUGAUUACGACUAGAAUUCAAUAUGAACAACAAUAUAGAAAUGUAAUCUAAGCAUUGAGGGUACUUCAUAAUAUGAAAUCGAUUGAUGUUUCACUUAAGCAGUUGUGAUUUAUUACGAUAGGUCAAUAAGUCUGUCGGCCGAGAGGUUCGUUGCUGUAGUAAUCUUCAUCGUUUUAUGACAAAUCUCCUCACUCCAAGGGAUGUGCAAAGCUGUAUUUGAUUUUUUUUGCGGUAGUAUUCACAUCUCAUAAACAAAUCAUCAGAACCCUAGGGCUCAUACGUUAAACCUAUUGCCGGUGUGCUUAUAAAGAGGGUACUGAAGCAUUUGGAUUACCAGUCAACUCGGAGACGCGCAUGUGAAUUAAUUCUAAAGUUUUACAAAGGAAAAUAGGGAAAUGUUCCGAAAUCACAUAAUGAAGCUGCCAAUUUAUUUGUCUGUUGUGUAUGUUGCAUUAAUUUCACAAAGCGAUGUGAGUUUAGGAAUUGAACCGUCUUCAUAUUAUGGACUAAAGCAUAAUGAUGGGACGCAUGACUACAGAUACGGAACAAGUGGUUCUAAUGCCAGAUAUGGUGCAAACUCAGCGACAGGAGCAGAUGGACAACAACCAUCCGUUCGCCCACAAGGUAGAACACUAAAUCUGGGUUAUCAGUCGGCAUUUUCUGGGUUUCCACCGAACUCUAAUGCAGUAUUUACUGGAGGUUCCCGAGGUGCACCAUAUUCUUAUGGAUUAGGAUAUAGUCCAUAUAAUUCGAGAUACGGUAUUGGAAAUUCGCCGCAUUACACUGGUAGUGACUAUGGUGGCUUCGGGCGGGAAAACUAUUGGUUGCGAAACCGAGCUGGUAGUUAUGGUUCGCCUUAUAAUACAGGAUAUCAAACACCGUUUUCGUAUGGUGCGUAUGGCAGCCGGAGUGGAACUGGAUUUAAUACUCUAGGGUAUAAAUCAUUUGACAGUGCUAUGACUUCACGAUACAAUCCAGCGGAUACUUCAAGCGGUGUUCCGCAUUUUGGUGGUGCACAAGGCCGAUUUGCAAACCCUUUUACAUCUAAUCUCGAUGGAUCAAAUUAUUUUGGUUAUCAAGCACCAGCUUCUUUUGGGCAAGGAUCUGAUAAUGCUCGUGGAAAUUUCCAAGGAACCAAUCGGCAAUUUCCAGGAGCAAACGUACCAAAUUCGAGUGGAUCAAUUUCUCCAUCAUCAUUUCCUAAUUCCUUAAAUUUCAAUAAUGGAGCCAGUAAUCCCAAUGGCGCAAGAGGGAGCAUAAAUGGCAAUCCUUCUGGUUUCACUAACACCCGAAACAAUGGUUUACCAUCUAAUGGUGGCACUAUUCCUGUUGAUAAUUCAAACACACGAGCUGAUGGUUCUCAGAAUAAUUCCGGUUCAUCAACGGGAAACAAUCCUGAUUAUGACCAGGGCAACGCAGGAAAUGUUGCACAAACAUCGGGUGCCAUCGGAAAUCCAACGGGUUCUUCUAAUCAAUUGAAUCCUGAAAGAUCGCUUCAGGGUGCUGGACCGCGUAUAGGCGAUUCUACAGGAUUUGGCAAUGAUAACAUAAGAGGCGGUGGACCGGGUUCGUAUGGGUUUCAAAGUGAUAUUAAUGGUGCAGGUUUAGCGCAAAGAGCUGCCAGUCCCGUCGGGUUAUCGAACCCAUACCUCAACAACUUCGGAUCAGACUCAUCACAUUCUAAUCCAGUCAAUGGAGAUAGGUUAGCGAAUCAAUGGAGUCAAGGUUCCGGUGGUUUUGCCGGUAUAAACAGAGCAGGAGAGUUCAGCCACGCCAUGGGUCCUUUUGGUGGAUCGGGCAAUGGAGGCAGCCUAGCUGGUAGAACAAAUAAUGCUGGUUUCUCAACUGGAAGUGCUUUAGGUUCAGAUGGCCGUAGGUUCACAAAUGCAGGUCAGAUAUACACACGUGGAUCAGGCCAACAAAAACUACCGUAUACAAGCGUAAACGGUCUUGCAGAUACUGCUGGGGACCAACCAUCUGCCACAUCCGGUCUUGGAAAUAUGGGUUUUGAUCAGGCGGGAGGAAGUGGUAGAAGCAAUGGGGAAGCCGGACUUUCAACUGGAUUUUCGCAAUCGCCGAAAGCAGAAACCCUAUCAAAGCAAUCAUUCAAUUCUCAAGGAUCCUCGGGUGGUGGCGGCUCUCAGCUUGGAAACAGCGAAAGUUUUAGCACUAGCGAGCAACGUGAUAUGGGCUCUGUAAAAAGCAUCGAUGAUAGGGUAGAAUUAGUCGAAGGCACGUUUUCGACUAAAACUGGUGCAACGUAAAAAUCGUGUUCUAUCCAAAUCAUGAAAUAGAUUAUCAUUAUCAUGCAAUUAAUGCCAAAAUAAGUGUAAAUUAUUACUACUGCAACUAAGUGUCUUAUAUGUAGUUCCAAAUAAAAGAGGCAAG